AUGGUUAAAAUGGUUAUGCUGAAAUCAGUUCUAGCUGAUAUGCCUUCCUUCACCAUGUCCUACUUCAAGCUUCUGCUAGGUCUUCGUAAAAAGAUCCAGUCAGCGCUUAUUCGGUUUUGGUGGGAUGGGAGGAUUAGCAUUGGGAAAGAACUCCUCAGACAAAAGCUUGGAAAAGUAUUUGGAGAUGGUAAAUCCACAUCCAUUUGGUUUGAUCUGUGGCUCUCCCUCUCCGAGAAGCUAACUCCGGUUGGACCAUCUUCAGAAAACUCAAGCAACCUAAAGGUUUCAGAGCUUAUCUCCCCAACUAAUUUGGACUGGGAUACAUCUAAGAUCAGACAUAUUCUACCGGAGUUAGAGCAAGACAUACUUUGCCUAAAACCGAGCAUCUCUAGAGCUCCGGACAAGUUUGUGUGGCUCCCUUCGAUCUCUGGAAUGUAUACUACUAAAACAGGCUAUUACACAGCAAAAGAGCUAUCAUGGCCUUAG